UCUUGUCCUGGUCUGACUGUUUUGGUUAGCUGCGUAAAUAUUAGAAAGUAAACGUGAGCAAACGUUGUUCGGGGACACUGAAGAGUGAGGAUCGUUUCUGAACAUUUCGCUGUCAGCUGAUAGUUUGUAACUAAUCUAACUUGAAUUAAAUUCUGCUUGUAUAGAGAACCAUGGAAGAAGACAUCAGCAAGUGUAUUAAAAAUACUUUGGAGGAGGCAAACUCUGAAGAUGAUGUAGAAAAUAACUGGAUGUUUGUCCUCUCUGAAGAUGUCUCAUGUGCAAAGAGUGAUGGAACAGAUACAUCUGACAACCACAGUGAGCAGGGGAGUGAUUCAGGCAGCUCAAUAGUUGUAAUUGAUUCCCCAAGUCUUCCUGUCUGUGACACACAUCCAGUUUCAGGUCACAUUGCACAACAAGAGUUGCCUAAAUAUGAAGAGAGACAGACAGAAGGUUUUGAUGUGCAAGAUAACAUCUCAUCCUGUUCUUCUCAUCAAUCAAAUAAUAAUGAGUUCUUAAAAGAAUGCAGCCCAUAUGAGGAAAUGGAGCAGCCAGAUACUUGGGAUUGUGAUCAUGAAGCUCCAGAAGAAGGGCCCUCAAUGUCAAUUCCUAAUAAUCAGUUACAUGAUGAUGCCACACCAACAAAUGAAGUCCUAAAGGAAAAGGAUAAUGGAAAUGGCACUAACCCUGAAUCUAUACGACAUGGAGAAGCUUUGUUAAAUGAGACUGAUUCUGCUGAAGAUUCCCAAGUAAUAAAUGGAAUCACUGGUUUAUGUGAACAGCACGAUCAUUCAGUAAAGGAAGUCAACCGUGACUUGGUAAAUGGUGACAACGUCGACACCUGUCAAGAAGAAGCUGCUGCUUCCUGUGAUAUAGUUUCUUCUGAGCUUCAGAAAGAAAGCGAAGAAAUCGAUCGCAUAGAAGAACAGCAAAUGAUUUCUGAUAUGGAAGGCAACGUCACGGAAAAUACCGCGAACUUCGAAGUAAUACGGAACGAAACAACCGUGUUAGAACAAGCGACUGAUCAAAUCCCUUGUAUGGCAACGGAGCCGCCAAGUCUUUCUAGUCUUCUUGACGAAAAUACUAUUAGCGUCGUUGAAUCAGAAGAAAAAGCCGAAGCAGCUGUGUCGGUUUAUGCCGCUAAUGACGAGAAACUGUCUUUACAAGAGGAGACAGCCCAAUCUGCUCAACCGGAUGACCAAUCCAUUUAUUCUGUAGACGACGACUCAGAAGACGAAACUUGGGAUUUGAGCUUGGAAGCUCUUAUGAACGCAAAUUCUCUGGCUUCGUCACUUUCGAGUCUUGUACAACAACCUUCAUCGCCGUCACCUCCGGCGAAUCAAGCAGAUGGGUAUCAACGUAGCCAUGCGAUGCUUAAACCUGACCUUUUGGAAGAAGCUAAUCGAAUUGAAGAGUUAGACCUAAUGGACUAUUCUACUGUAACCAAUCCUGAUCUUCCUGCUGAGAUAGUUGUAGCCAAUAUCGUUCCAGAUCGGCACUACGUACAUCAUCCCAAUCAACGAUUGAAUGAAAAACUUAGUUUUGUUAUGGCAUUUGCUCUGGCCGCAGUUGUUGGAUUCGCCAUAGGGCACAUAAUAGGACUGUCGGACAACUUUCCGUCUCGUUGCAAUUAUUCUCACGAGUCAACAAAGCCCGCAGACUCGCAUUUUUAUGAAGGAUGGACCGAAAACGACUUGUUAGUUGAAAUCAAACGUCUAACCUCACAUAACGAAGAAUUAACAAGGACUCUUAGGGAGCUAUCUGGACAAGACUCAGAGGGCUGUCGCUUUGAUUUUCAAGUAAACGAGCUACUGUCAGAAAAUUGGGACCUGAAGCAGUCCAUAGGAAGAAUUCGCUAUGGGAAACCUACCCGAUCGGUCGAAGACCGUGAUACAAUCAACCACCUGCAAACGGAGAAUCAAGACCUCCGCGCUACAGUAGGUAAGCUGCGUUAUCGCUGUGGGCAGCCACUUUCUAGUCCGCAACAACAGGGCCAACAAAUCUCUGCGCCACCAACGGCCUUUGUUUCGCGACCAUCUGCCAUCGAACCGCUGUGGAAGGCACUUGAGGCGAUGAAUCUGACAGGCACCUGGAAUCAUUUGGUCAAUUAUCGUAAUAAUCGUUCCAUAGAAGAUCAACUGAAAAGGGUUAAAGAAUCAUCUACAGAUUUGAUCCGUUUAAUGGGUUUACGCCGUGAAGAAUUGAUUAAUCUAACCAGACAGACCCGGAACCCAGUUAUCGAAAAAAUGGAAGCAAGGUUCAAAAAAACUACCCAGAAAACGGUAGACUUAAUGGAACGCGUCAACAAACACCACAAGUCAUUUGCUGUGUUGCUGGAAGAAGUUGAGAACCGUUUGGAAAAAAUGCGCUUCAAGUUGGAGUCCCAGUGGGAAAAUCUGUUACGGUCCUACACCGACUCGGGCAAUAGAUUCGAGACUUUAGAAAACACAAAGCCGUUGAAUUCAGAUUGGUUUUGGUCCAUGGGGCAUCAUCGAGACAAAUUGCGACGUAGUGAGAAACAGAGCGAAUGGAUGUUCGAUCGGGCUAAAAAUCGCGAGCUAGAGCGUCGAUCGCGCAAAUUCCACACAAAACAAAGAAAGCAGAAACCGUUCCAGGGAAAUUCCUGGAAUCAUUAUUCUUCGUGAGGUAGUUCUAUUUCUUUUAUUUGUUAUCGGUAAUGUAUCAAUUGUAAAUGUGAGCCUUUCGAAUUAGGACAAUUUUUUUUUAGGCGGUGUGACGUAAAAAAGUUAAUAGUUUUUCUCUACUUUAGCCAUUAGCCGACUUUGCUUCUUUCUUCUGUUUUGUCUGUCUGUUGGUUUGGUUUUCUUUUCAUCAGUGGUGUCUGCAAUGGAAAACUUUCUUCUGGGAUACUUUCCGCUAUGACUCAGAAUGCAUCUGAGUUCCGAGCGAGUUUCAUGAUUGAUACGAUUCGUGGCUAAAUCAGUUCCUUUCCCUUUGCCUGAACCUUUGAUAAAACGGUUUGGCCCCACACAAUUUUUUUUUUAUCGCAUUAGAAGUUCGAAUUGUGUAGUUGAUAGCAAACAUAGAGAAUUUAAUAAAGUCUUCGUGCAAAGUCUA